AUGGUCUCGUUCAAAUUGAUCCUCAAUGCUUUGGCAGCCUCUGCCGCUGUUGUCAUCGCUGCCCCCGUGGAAGAGUCUUCUGGCUCGGUUCUAGUGGCUCGGGAUCAGGUCACCAUCUUCAUGUGUGAGGAUACCCGCUACAGGGGCCUCUGCCGGGACGACGUAAUCCAGACUGGAUCAUGCUACAAUGCACCGUCUGAAUUCAUCGACCGCAUCAGCUCAAUUCGUAACAACGACCGAGAGUCUACCACUUGCACCUGGUACCGCGAGCGCGACUGCCGUGGUGACACCUAUCGCAAUCAGGAAGAUAGGGAUCUAGGAGACGGCAACGGCCGCUUCAACGACGCCAUCCGCAGCUACGAGUGCAACAGGAAGUAA